GUGAAGGAGGAGUGGGGGCGGUGUGACGUGCCUGGGUUUUUUUUUGUUAAGGAAGAUGGCUGAUGAGAAGCAGACUGGCAAAAGUGUCUUGAAUGACGGAGGACCCGAAGAGAAGGGAGGCAAAGGUGUGAAAACUAAGACUGUCUCUUCCAGCAAUGGAGGGGGGAGCGCAGGCCGGAGCGCGGACAAGCGAUCUGCCAAAGAGGCAGCAGGGGACUCCAACUCACAGCCGGCACCGGCCAAAGUCUCUAAAAUAGCAUUCCCAUCAGGCAGUCAGCUGAUCAAGAAGCCAGCCCCUAUCUCUAUCAAACUGGGAGCCAGUAAACCAAAAGAGGCUGCUCCAAAUCUGCCUGCGAAGAUACCUGCAGUAGCAGCAGUUUUCAACGAGGAUGAAGAUAGUGAACCAGAAGAGAUGCCACCAGAAGCAAAAAUGAGGAUGAAAAACAUCGGCAGGGAUACGCCUACGUCAGCAGGACCCAACUCGUUUAACAAGGGCAAGCAUGGCUUUUCUGAUCACCAAAAACUCUGGGAAAGGAAGCAAAAGAAACAGCUAGACAGGACUCCAGAUAAAUAAAUUACAUAUUGUGAACUUUUGUUUUUUUUGUGUGGUUGGGUUUGAGGGAGGUGGGGGGAGAGGGUUUUUUAGUUUAGUUAUCACAUUAAAACAAAUGUAAAUAUAAAAAAGAAUAAACCAACUAUAAUAUCCUGUCCUUAAAUUAUUUCUUUAAUGGCGUGCCUCAUUUUUUCUGUUGAACACAGGUAUAAUACACUAGCAUAAUACUAUAUAAUACAUUCGUACCAUAAUAAUUGAUAAAAACAAUACAUGCAAAUUGGGGGACUCUUAUUCCAGUUCAUAAAAAAUAUUACCAAUAACAGGUUUCUGUGAAAAAAUCUGACUAAUUAUAUAGCAAUUACCAUUUCAUUGCUGUAUUCCAUUUCAGGUGAAAAAAGUGUGUUUUACAAUAUUUGUUACUGCUUUAUGUCAACAAAUUUUAACCACUUGACUGACCAUUUUAAUUAUGAGACAUUAUAUUUUGUGUAAUUGCAUGGAAUACAAUUCUGGAACCAGGCAGUUUUUUUUUUUUUUUUUUU